CCGAUCACUUUGUCUGGCCGACCGUCGCUUCUCCCUCCGCACUCUCCUCCUUGUCGUCGACGGGACCCUGUUCUGACCUUCUUUUCUAUUUUUUUUCCCUAUCACUUUUAGUACUUUGUGACUGGUAGAGGUUCGAGACUCCGAACCGCCAGUCCGGACUGUCCCCUCGCAUCGAAACCCCGCAGUCGCUUGGCCGAUCCGAUAGCAAAGUAAGAAGCGAACGCAAUAUAUCCUCAGUCUGACUCUUUCCCGAAACCUGAUCUCCGGUACUGCUGCUCCUCCGGAAUGGCCACCCAACCCCAGCCGGGCCAGAAACCCAAAGUCCAACCAUGCCGGUACAAGACCGGAAAGACCCUCGGAGCGGGCUCCUACUCGGUCGUGAAGGAAUGUGUACACAUUGACACCGGUCAAUACUACGCCGCGAAGGUGAUAAAUAAGCGACUGAUGGCUGGACGUGAACAUAUGGUUCGGAAUGAGAUCGCAAUCCUGAAGAAAGUUUCAAUGGGCCACCAGAAUAUCCUGACCCUGGUUGAUUACUUCGAGACGAUGAAUAACUUAUACCUUGUCACGGAUCUUGCAUUGGGCGGGGAGCUAUUUGAUCGUAUUUGUCGCAAGGGAAGCUACUAUGAAUCUGAUGCUGCUGACCUUAUUCGCGCUAUCCUGUCUGCUGUCGCAUAUCUGCAUGACCAUGGCAUUGUACAUCGCGAUCUAAAGCCGGAGAACCUGCUUUUCCGCACCCCCGAGGAUAACGCAGACUUGUUAAUCGCGGACUUUGGUCUAUCGCGAAUCAUGGACGAGGAACAAUUGCACGUCCUCACCACGACAUGCGGUACUCCGGGAUACAUGGCCCCCGAGAUCUUCAAGAAGAGCGGCCACGGAAAGCCUGUCGACAUCUGGGCUGUUGGGGUAAUCACCUAUUUCAUGCUCUGCGGAUACACUCCUUUCGACCGCGACUCCAAUCUCGAAGAGAUGCAGGCCAUUCUCGAGGCUUCAUAUUCAUUCACGCCCGUGGAGUAUUGGCGCGGCGUAUCUGUUGAAGCCCGAGAAUUCAUCAAAGCCUGUUUAACAGUCAACCCACAAGCCCGUCUAACAGCCCACCAAGCCUUGCAACACCCCUGGGUGAACCCGCCAUACGACCCACAGGCUCAGAACGAGGCCCAAGAUCUUCUACCAACUGUCAAGAAGAACUUCAACGCCCGCCGCACCCUCCACAAAGCAAUCGACACCGUCCGCGCCAUCAACAAACUGCGCGAAAACGGUGGCCUCAUGAUGGACGGCAUGAUGAGCGUCGACCCCAAGCCCGAGCAGGUUAACGGGAGCGAAGUCACAGAGGAUCGAUCAUCAUCCAACACCCCACAGGGUGGCGGAAGCGGCGACCAGAUGGAAAUAGACAGCCGUGGCAAUGCCCGCGGCCAAACAGACCACCAGAUCCGAGAACAAGAACGAAAAGUCAAGGCUACCGUUGCUGGGCUAUGGAGUAAAACCGCCAACCGAGGUGGACAGUUUACGCCGCGUCGAUGAUUAUAACACGAGGAGAAAUGCCUGCAUAUGGAAUAGAAUAGCGAUACCCUUACCCUCUUAUAAACCCUUUCUGUCUAUCUAUCUGUUGGAUGAUGAUAUCUUUUUCUCCCCCGCGCGCUCGUUAUAAGCUGCACUGCCGUUCAUUUUAGCUCUGGCUUUUCUCGGUUGUGCAUUUAUUGGUGAUAUAUGAUUGUUGUUUGGUCUUGUUCAUCAUACUGGUUGUGAAUAACCUUACGGGCUAAACAUGACCACUUCGGGAUAUCGACUUAUCACUUAUCUACUUAUUGUAUUGCUUGGUAUAUACCUAGCAUGGCUCUGAUAUAUAUAUAUAUGGAUUUGUUCGAUGAUGUUAAAACAGAUCUAGGAGUUUCUUAUAAAUAUACUUGGCAUAUUUAUUUAUAUAACACUCUAGCACCUGCCACU